AUGGAGCUGCUGGAAGCGCGUGUGCAGUUUAUACGCGCAGGAGCUCGCUCGGCACGCUCUGUGUCGAAAGUGUACUUGAAUCCGAGUGACAUGACGCAGUUUGGAAUCGAAUCCGGUGUCUAUGUGAAGCUCUACACGUUUGACAAGAACAACAAAUGUGCACCCAAAAAGCUGCUAUUGUGUGGACUGUCGUGGCCUAUGGACAAGAUCAAGCGACGUGGUGUCGGUCUGAGCUCCAUGUGGGAAGAGACAGUAGCUGAGAAGCAGAUUGAGAUGGUGACUGUAGAACUUCUGCAAAGCGCCAUAUCCACAGCCAAAAGUUUAGUGCUGCAGGUGGUGGCCAAGGCCUCGACAGGUGAACGAAAGCUCUCGGAGAAGGAGCGUACGCUAUUGACGCGAUGCAUUGCCGCAAUGAUUGAUGGAGCUCUCGUGCACCAAGAAGUGUUGCUUUCGCUGCCGGUACAUGGGGUCAACACUGUGUUUCGUGUACUUACGGUUGAUGGACAGGAGAGAGACCAAGAGCAGUGUAUCGUGAAGGUCAUGGCAGCGAAAACAGCGCUUACAAUUUUGUGGGAGAAGAAGAAGGACGACGUUGCGGCACUAGAAGCACACACAGGCAGUAGUUCUACUGAUGCGAUGACUGGAGCAAAGCAUCAGAAUGGGUUUGCAGCCAUUGGUGGACUCGAGGAAGAGCUGAAGGCUGUUCGAGAAGUGGUGGAACAAUCGCUGACGCACCCAGAGACAUUUGAACGAUUUGGUUUGCCUGCCCCGAAAGGUGUCUUGUUGUUCGGACCGCCUGGUACAGGAAAGACAUUGAUUGCAAGGGCCCUAGCACGGGAGUUGAGUGCGCGCGUGUUUACGAUCAACGGACCCGAAGUCGUGAGCAAGUUCGUAGGCGAGAGUGAAGCGAACUUACGUGCCGUGUUUGCACAGGCUGCGAAAGAAGCGCCGUCGCUUGUGUUUAUUGAUGAGUUGGAUGCUAUUUGCCCAAAGCGUGACGCCCGUGUGGGCGAUAUGGAACGGCGUUUGGUAGCUACUUUAUUGACGCUGAUGGACGGAUUGCGUUCCUCCCGUCAAGUUGUUGUGCUAGGUGCUACCAACAGACCCAACGCUCUCGAUCCCGCAGUGAGAAGACCUGGCCGUUUCGAUCGCGAAGUUGAGAUCGGCAUCCCAAAAGCCACCGACCGGCUGGCGAUUCUGCGUGUAGCGCUGAGGCGGCUGCCACACAAGCUUACCAAUGCUGAGCUGCAAGAAUUGAGCUCAAGCGCACAUGGGUACGUUGGGGCGGACCUCAGCGCUCUGUGCAAAGAAGCCGCACUGUUAGCACUGCACCGCGCAUAUGCGACCAGUGCUGAAUCGAGUAGAGCGGCUUUAGCCGACAGUAGCUCCUUGCUUCCCUUCGAAGUCACGCAGAGUGACCUCAAGGUGGCAAUGCAAGGGAUCCGACCGAGCGCUUUGCGUGAGAUCUCCAUCGAUGUGCCCCGUGUGCUGUGGAGUGACAUCGGUGGGCAAGAUGUGCUCAAGCAAUGCCUUCGGGAGGCAGUGGAGUGGCCGUUGCAGCACCCGGAAGCUUUCACGCGUAUGGGGAUUCGCCCUCCGAAAGGGGUGCUCCUGUACGGUCCUCCGGGUUGUAGUAAGACGCUGGCAGCAAAGGCGUUGGCUACCGAGAGCAAGAUGAACUUCAUCGCCAUCAAAGGCCCCGAGCUCUUCAGCAAAUGGGUCGGUGAAUCCGAGCAACAAGUCCGUGAGGUGUUUCGAAAAGCACGCGCUGCGUCACCAACCGUGGUCUUUUUCGACGAGAUCGAUGCACUUGCUAGUACCCGUGGCUCAGGGGGCAGUAGUGGCGCCUCCGACCGCGUGCUGAGCCAGCUACUGACUGAGCUGGACGGACUGGAGCCUCUGAAGCGCGUCUUGGUGGUGGCUGCAACCAAUCGACCGGAUCUGCUGGAUCCAGCCUUGAUGCGACCAGGCCGCAUUGACCGUGCACUCUACGUGUCCCCUCCAGACGUCGCUGCUCGGGAGCAGAUUCUGCGUAUUCACACGCGACAAAUGCCAUUGUCGGUGGAUGUGAGUAUAGCUGAAUUAGCCAUUGCAACGGCUCGGUUUUCAGGGGCAGAGCUUCAAGCGCUUUGUCGGGAAGCUGCUCUCUAUGCGGUGGAAGAAGAUCGCGCAGCUGUGCAUGUCGCAAAGCGCCACUUCCUUCGGGCACUGUCAGUAAUAACGCCACAGAUCGACGAGCGGAUGUUGGCCUUCUUUGAGCGGUUCCGUGACGGUCAGCGGAGGUAG